AUGGGCCUGGGCGCAGUGCGCACAGACAGAGGAGCAGCCUGGCAAGCACCGAUUCCCGCAGAAAAGACUGAUCCCUUGGAUUAUGGGAGCAAUGUGUCUAUAAUCAUGCGCUGCAUAGCUGCCAUACACUUGACCAAAACGCAUGCGUACUUGGUCAUGGCGUAUAGUGGUUAUCACUCGUAUACGCAUAGCGUGUUCAAGUUACCUCUAGCUCAGCCCGCUGCUAGGGCUGGUAAUAAGUACGAGCAGCGAAUAUUGCGGUGGCUGUUGCUGGUACUUGGUAAGGCAUGGGCGGGUGGUUGCUGGCGUAUUGAUGAGCCUGUUGCUGGUACCCUGGCCGCUAAAGUACUGGUACCAGACUGUCCCAGCCGAGGGACUGAGCUACGUGGCCGUGUCGCGCGUGAAAACGCUGCAGGGUUUGAUGCUGAUGGGCCGUUUGACCGCAGUCACCUUACAUACGUGUUGCCUCCAGAGGGAAUGAAGAUGAAAAUACGGGAUCAUCAACUGCGAAAGCGACAAGUCCUCACGCAGAAUCCUUAUAGGAUGGCUACGUUACUCGACUCGAUGCCGUCCGUGACAAGAAAAUUCUCCGUAAAUGCACGUAAUAACUCGCAGCCUUCGGCUGAUUACACGCCUUGCACCCGACUCCAAAGUGCAAGCCGACCUUCUUGGGGAAUAUGCGUAUGCGAGUGUAGCAUCGCCAAAGUCGUAGACUCCUACGACGACGGCGCUUUCGUUGUAGGAUGA